GGCAAGUCAUGUCGGUCGCAAUGAAGUAACGAAAUAACUUGGAAAUGUCAAAGCCUGCCGGCUAGUGUUCGACCUCGCUCCCACUCUCGGAGCAACGGUACUCGUGUCUCAGCCGACGACGCUUGCGGCUGGCUCUACGCCACUGGGGUCUGUGCCCUCGCCUCCACCGACGACUGCUAAUGUCACUGCGCGCGCGCAUUAUUCAAGAAAAAACCCGAUUCUAAAGUAAUGAACUAAAACAUCUAACUUUUUAUCUCAUUUAAAGUGGUGUGUGUGUUUUCACAAAGUUCAAUGUCAUUUUUGUGUGACGUGUGUGUUGUGAGAUGUCGCUAAUUGUGAAAAAAUCAAGUUUAUACGACUACAAAGUGCUUUUUUGUCGUAUUUGAGUUGUUUGUUUGUGAAUUUAUCGUUUUAAGGACUCAGCUCGAGCGGACAAGACAUCAAAAUGUUGAGGUUAUUUCUGCUAUUAAUGGUGUCGUACACUAUGGGACAGCAGAACUGGGUCCCCUGUUCAGAAUUAAACGAUGACUUGCGGUAUCCAUGUCGUUGUAAAGUUCAAGUGGACAGAGCUCUGCAACUCGGUAUACUGAUGAACUGCGACAGGGUGGUAUUUGCCGGUGACUACCCGCCACUGCCAUACGGUGCCCCGAUUGCGGCUUUCAGUCAACGUUGGGCAGGACAACAGUCGUUACCAACACAGAUAUUUUCAUCGUACGGUCUACCGCUGAAAGAGCUCGAUUUCUCACAUAACAGCUUACGACGCUUACCCGACCGCUUGCUGUCAGGUGUGAGAGGCAACAUCACGAAACUAACCCUCGCCGACAAUCUACUCGGAGAUAACUUGAAUCCAAUCUUUUCCACUGCCGAGUUUCAUAACCUACCGGCGCUAGAAGAACUGGAUUUAAGUGGGAAUAAUAUCCGGGGUUUAGAAGAAGGUUUGCUUAUUGGUUGUGAUGUUCUUAAGAGUUUGCGACUGGACCGCAACAAUAUGAAUUCCGUGCCGUCGUCCUCCCUCAACGGUCCGCAGUCAUUAAAAGUUCUCUCGCUGCGGGAAAAUAAAAUAGCUCUAAUCCGACAAGCAUCGUUCGUAUCACAAAAGACUUUGGAAGUGAUAGAUCUACAUAGCAAUAUGAUAUCGUCGAUAGAGGGCGGUGCCUUCGUGAGUCUUAGAGAUUUGCAAGUCCUCGAUCUCGGUCGUAACAGGCUAUCAAAGUUUAACAGCGACGUAUUCCUGGGCAUAGAAAACUUGCAAAAGUUGGAUCUGUCGGAAAACUUCAUAACUGAUUUCCCUACCGUUGCGAUGAAAUCUUUCGCCGCGUUGCGCCAGUUAAAUCUUUCCAGUAAUAUGAUUACCAACAUCGACAAUAGCCAUUUGAAUUCAUUGGUGUCGCUACAAGUGCUCGACUUGAGCAGGAAUAACCUCGUUAAGUUGUCACCGGGGACUUUCGUGGGUCUCACUGAAUUGCGCUAUUUGGACGUCGGUGUCAACUCUCUACGAACUGUUGAGGACGACGCAUUCGACGGUUUAACAAGUCUACAAACGCUACUUUUGCGCGACAACAAUAUACUACUGAUCCCAGCGACUGCACUGUCUCGUCUGCCCAACUUGGUUUCUAUCCAUUUAGGUUUUAACAGAGUAACAGCUUUGUCGAGCGACAUCUUGAGAGCAGUCUCCGACAGAGUCAACAGUCUGGUGCUUUCCCGUAAUGUGAUUAGAGAGCUACCUCCAGCUGCAUUCGAGCAUUUCAGAAUGUUACGUCACUUAGAUUUAUCUGGAAAUCUCUUAAAUUCAAUAUCAGCCGAUGUAUUCAACGGUUUGGAAGCUUCGCUCGAAUAUUUGUCUUUGAAUCAAAAUAGAAUUCUAGGAUUUACAGAGGAAGAAUUGAAGUUUGUUAAUCUUUGGUACUUGGAUAUUUCGGACAAUCAGAUAUCUGAGAUACCGGUGAGCGCUUUCCAAUCAAUACCUAGUUUAGUGCAUUUAAAUAUGAGCCACAAUUCACAUAUUAAUGUUUUGCCUCAAAAUGUUUUUGGUGAAAAUCAAGCUUUGAAAAUCAUCGACUUAAGUCACGUUGGUUUAAAAGCAUUACCUGUCAAUUUAUUCUUAAAAAAUCCUAGUUUAGAGAAAAUUUAUAUCUCUCAUAAUCUUCUGCAGGAAGUAUCGGAGAAUACUUUCAAAAAUCUUAGAAAUCUUACAGUACUUGAUUUAUCCUACAAUCACAUAGUAAGUAUAAAGACUCCAGCUUUUGUAAAUGUCAUGUCUAUUCAGUAUUUAUCACUAAAAGGCAAUCAAUUAAAUGCAUUCAAAGGUGAAUUCUUUAAUACCGGUACCAGUUUAGAAGUAAUUGAUAUUUCGGAUAAUCAGUUAAGUUAUUUAUUCCCAUCUUCAUUUAAAAUACAUCCACGAUUACGUGAAAUUAUCUUAACAAAUAAUAAGUUCAAUUUCUUCCCUUCUGAACUCAUAAGUACCUUGCAAUAUUUAGAAUUAGUCGAUUUAUCAGGUAAUGCUUUGAAAAAUAUCGAUGAAUUAGAUUUUGCUCGUCUUCCAAAAUUAAGAACAGUUCUCUUGGCUCGGAACGAAAUUGAAGGUGUAAGCGAAAUGGCGUUUCAUAACUCGACCCAAAUACAAAAUUUAGAUUUAUCGUUCAACAGAAUUGAUAGACUUGGCGACAGAUUGUUUGAAGGUAUAAUAAGAUUGGAAAAAUUAGGCUUAUCUGGGAAUUUAUUAAAUGAAUUGCCUGACAGCAUCUUUGAUAGAUCGCGUUUACAUAUGCUUGAAUCAAUAGAUUUAAGUAAUAACAUAUUUGAACACCCACCAUUAAAAGCACUGCAAAAACAAUAUUUCUUUGUAUCAUCCGUUGAUCUUUCUCAUAAUGAGAUUGUAGAUAUACAAGCCGAGGAUAGCGUAAUGGUCAAUAUUAAGAAAUUAGACCUUUCAUUCAAUCCGCUUUCUGAAAAAACUAUAAAUAAUGUUCUAACCGAACCAAAAACUGUAAGAGACUUAAAUCUUGCAGGCACUGGAAUAAAAACCGUUGGACAGCUAGAAACACCUUUCUUGCAUAGAUUAAAUUUGUCAUUCAAUAAUAUUACUAAAUUGUCUGAGAAAACCUUUGUCAGGACAACUUUGUUAGAAUCUUUAGAUCUUUCAAAUAAUCAAAUAGACGACGUCACCAGAUCUCUUGCCGUUUCUUGGCCGAAACUGAAAAACUUGCAAAGAUUGAAUAUUUCUAGUAAUCCUAUUAAGAUGAUUGUGGAUGGUAACUUUGAAGGUUUAACUUCACUGCGUGUUUUAGAUAUGAGAUAUUUAGAUAAGUGCACGAAAAUAGAAAAGAACGCUUUUAGAUCACUACCUAAUUUAGUUGAACUUCGAGCAUAUGGUUAUCCACGAUUGGGUUACUUUGAUGUACAAGGAACUUUACAAUAUUUAUUUGCCUUGGAGAAAUUAGACGUUGAAGUAAAAGACACUAACAUUGGUGCAGAUCAGCUUGCGUCUGCAUUGCACCCACGACUUGAAGUAUUAGGAAUACGAGGAGACAGAUUAAAAACUGUUUCUUCAGGUGUGUUAGCCGGUUUGAAAUCGCCUUCCAUUGUCGUAAGAUUUAGAAAUACAUCUGUCACAAGUCUACCACCCGCACUACUUUUCCCCUUACCGAGAUCAUCGCAAAUAACAAUCGAUGUAGCCGGCAGCCACUUAACAACAUUGCAACCGCAGUUACUGGUGGCGUUGGAUGACCGGCGUGCAGAUCUUUCAAUGUUUGGUUUAGACACAAACCCGAUUCGUUGCGAUUGUAACGCAAGGGCAUUGCGGAGAUGGCUUCCUAAUGUAGGGAUUGAAGAUAUAAGGUGUAAUGCGCCUGAACAUUUAUCUGGAUUUCUCUUGGUUGAAAUUGGUGACGACGAACUUUCAUGCGACACAAGGAAGAGAACGACGGGAGGAACUUCGUCAUCAAGCAGUGCAACGACUACAACUGCACCGCGUCUAGUGCAUCGAACCUCAGCCGAACCUGAUAUUAUUUGGUCAGUCGCACCAUCACAUGAGCGUGCCAAAGCACCGGGAGAGCCAAAAGGGGCGCCUGUUUUAGCUUCUACUACCAAUGACGAUAAUUUAAUUAUAGGUAUAGUUGGUGGAGUUGUUGCGUUUAUAGCGAUUCUUAUUGUAGCAAUUUGUGUUGUGCGGUUGAGAAUGACUACGACAUCAUAUAGGGGUGGUCCUUUAGCUAAUGGUGGUAGUGCAGGAGGCGCUCCGCUGUGGGGACCAGCUUGGCCGGGUUACGCUGCGACUUUGCCUCCAGCCUCGUUGUCGACGGCAACUUUACCUCACAAGGUGCAGUCCGGGCCGGGCUCAGUUCGGUACCUAGCUGCACCUCCUCCAGCGCCGUACUUCAUCAGUAUGCCACCACACGAUGACAAAAUUUAUCGAUAGUGGUUAUGCUAGAGUUAAAGUGGUUAAAGACAUAUUGUUGUAAUGAAUUAUGAAUGAAAUAGUUGUUACAUGGUGUACAUAUAUUUAAAUAGUGUAGACAAGCCCAAAUAAUUUGUUAGUAUAAUAUUGCUUGUAUUUUGUGGUUAAUAUAUUAAUAUUUAUUAGAUUAAAGCAAAUUGCCACUUAUUUAUAUUUUGAUUAAUGAAUCAAAUUGGAAAUGUUUUGAAAAUUUAUAACAUUUUGGCUAGGUUAUGCAUAUCUAGUCACCAGUGACAGAUUAGUAAUGUAAAAUAUUAAAAUGGCCAUCAAUAUGAAAUAGUAUGUGUUAAAGUAAAUUGUAAAAUAGUACUACAACGGUUAGAAAUUUUUAAAACGAAGAACUAAAUGUUAU